GUACAUCUUUAAGAUUAAAUGCUUAGUGACAGGUUGGGUUAAGUGAUAUUCAAGUUGCGCUGGGCCUCAUCCUGUUAAACGUCUGUCUGGAUAAAAUUUCCACUGUUUAUUUGGAUAAAUUCUUGCUGAAUUUACGAGGCCGCUAACACAAGCAAGUGGAACUGACCACCCGCGUACUUUUUACGAUCAAGUUAAACGGCGAGCACUUCCAUGACCGCGCUCUUGAGAAUUUGCCGAAGAAGUAGGACGAUCAAGACUUGUGCAGAAAGCUAAGUUGUCUUAAAAAGCGAUUGUUUGCAUUUGACCACAAUGGAGAAAGACGGGAAAGAGACCAUGGAACUUAACAAUAUGCCCAAUACCAUGUAUUCUGCAAAUGGCCCACAGUCGUCAGACAAACGUCCCGUGGAAGUUCGAGUUAAUGACGGUUUGCCCGAACGAGAGCAAUGGUCAGGCAAAAUAGAAUUCAUUCUGUCAUGUGUUGGACAGUGUAUAGGUAUGGGGAAUGUGUGGAGAUUCCCUUACCUAUGCUACAAAAAUGGAGGAGGGGCCUUCCUGAUUCCUUUCUUCCUGACAGUUUUCAUGGGCAUCCCAAUGUACUUCAUGGAGCUUGCACUGGGACAAAUGUCGCGUGUGGGUGGCCUUGGAGUUUGGAAAAUUUGCCCUCUAUUUCAAGGUGUUGGAUAUGCAGCUUUGGUGGCGGCCGCUUGGCUCAAUACCUUCUACAUUGUCAUCAUAUCCUGGGCACUUUUCUACCUAUUCAGUUCUUUCACAUCCACGUUACCGUGGUCUACGUGCACGAACGAUUGGAAUUCGCUUUCCUGCCUUUCGGAAUAUGAUACUGACAAAUUUCCGUUCAAUUGUACAAAUGGGACAUCUUGGUUGGAAAUCGAGCCGUUAUCAGAUGUCAAUACCUCGUAUCUCCUCAGUAAUGUUUCGGACUUAAAUUGUACACGGUUUUACGAUCCAGAGAGAUUUUCAACACCCGUCAAAGAAUUCUGGGAGAGGAAUGUUUUGAAGGUCACGAAGGGUAUCGAAGAACCCGGAUCGGUUCGCUGGCACCUCGCACUCACACUCCUCCUGGCCUGGGUCCUCGCCUACUUCUGUAUCUGGAAAGGCGUGAAAUGGACGGGAAAAGUUGUGUAUGUGACAGCUGUCUUCCCCUACAUACUUUUGUUUAUCCUGCUGAUAAGAGGCCUAACUCUUCCUGGUGCCAUGAAGGGCAUAUCGUUUUACAUCUACCCAAAUAUGUCCAAGCUUCUAGACUCUCAGGUCUGGGUCGAUGCAGUUACUCAAAUUUUCUUUUCGUAUGGACUUGGUCUCGGCUCCCUUAUUGCUCUAGGGAGUUACAAUAAAUAUAACAACAACAUAUACAGAGAUGCCGUUGGAGUGUCAUUAUUAAACAGCAGUACCAGUGUGUUUGCUGGGUUUGUCAUCUUCUCUGUCAUUGGCUUCAUGGCACAUAAACAAGGAAAACCAGUGGAGGAUGUCGCUGCAUCAGGUCCAGGAUUGGCUUUCUUAGCCUAUCCGUCGGCUGUAAUGCAAUUGCCCAUAUCUCCGCUGUGGUCGUGUCUGUUUUUCCUCAUGCUGCUUAUGUUAGGGCUGGACAGUCAGUUUGUCACCAUGGAAGGAUUCUUCACUGCUCUCAUCGAUGAGUUCCCACGCUACUUUCGCCCUCACCGAGAGCUCUUCAUCGGGGCGGUUUGCUUUAUCUCCUACUUGGUGGGCUUAUCCAUGGUUACCGAGGGCGGUGUUUACGUUUUUGAACUGUUCAAUUACUACUCAGCAAGCGGUCCUGCAUUACUUUGGCUUAUGCUGUUCGAAUGCAUAGCUAUUUCCUGGGCCUAUGGGAUAAAUCGAUUUUACGACAACAUUAAGGAUAUGGUUGGGUACUACCCAAACAUGUACUGGAAAAUGGCUUGGUGUGUGACCACCCCCGCCAUAUGCAUUGGUGUGCUGUUGUUCAGUCUGAUAGUGUUCAAACCAACAAAGUACAACGAUUACGAGUACCCGACAUGGGGCCAUACCAUUGGGGCGUUUAUGGCACUGUCAUCUAUACUCUGCAUUCCUGUCUACAUGAUUUACAUUAUACUUGUCACACCAGGACCAUUUCCACAGAAACUCAAAGAUCUUGUGCGACCGCAAGUAAAUUUGCAGGCACCUGCACCUCACAACGACGAGCCCCCACCUUAUUCUGCUGUGACAGAAGGGGAGAUAACUCCACUGUAAUCUGCGACUUUGGUGGAUUUCGAAACUACGUGUUAGAGAUCAUUAUUGGAUCACAAUUCCAAGUUUUGCUGUUGUUUGCAUUAUCUACAAGACACAGGAUUAAAGAAUCAAAGGAACGAAUUUUGUGAGAGAGUCUGUGACAUAUCCAUUAUCUGGACCACAAUACUACGAUGAAUUCAGGGGGAUGGUCUUAAUGCCAAAACAGGUGUGGAACCGUGUCGAAGUUACCAACCAGCAUGCUAGCCACAAUGAUUGCAUUCUAUAUGCUGAAUUGAUGGAAACGACACAAGGUUUGACAGAUUUCAAUGGUAGUUUAUUUUGAUAUUGUUAAAUAAUAACCCAAGAAUAGAAGAGGAACUUAUAUACUAUGAACUACCGUAUCCCUGAGAGAAAGGUAACCUGUGAGGAAUCAAUACUCGUAUCUAAUCAAUGUUUAGCUGGAGAAGUAAGCAUUGCCAGUUGCCAGGGUAUUCUGUUGAUGGUGCAGUUUGGGGGAUAUAGUUUUUCAUACUUAGCCGUGGAGAUAACAUUUGUCAUGACCCUAUGGAAUCCGCAUUUUUGGAUGAAAAUUAAACAUUUCUCUCAUUCGUGGAGCUUCGGAGAGACGAGACAUCGUUGUAUUGGUGUGGAUUUGUUAGACUUCGGAAAUUGCAGAAAUUAGGAUAAAGGUUGACCACAAACAUACGAAUCUUUCAAAUGUGUAGUGUUUUUACAUCUUGUAACACAUCGUUUUGUAUCUUGAAUACUACUUAUAUAAUAUUUCUAACUUUAAUACUAAAUGUGUACACAGCAGUACAUAGAAAUACCAUUUACUUAUCUGAGUAUACCUGUUGCAUGAAAAUGACUGAGCAUAAAACAUUCUGAAAAUGUACAUGCGCGUGGUCUCUGAAAACGCAGUUGAACAUAUAACAAUGAGAACAUUAGAAAUUCUUACCAUGUCAGGGCAAUGUGAAAAAUUAUAAUAGCUGUGGUUUAGGCGGUAUCAUUACCAUGGGGCAUGAAAAAGUGUGGACGAAAAUCUUAGGCUACAUUAGAUUUUCGAGAUUUGAUGAAUAGCCGUUGAUGUACGGGUAUAGAGAUGAAAAAUACAUAAACACGCAAGAAUAUAAAUUACAGAGCAUUUACCAAACUGAACAAAAUGUGGCCAAAUUCUAGUUAUGUUAAAACUAAACGCACGUGGGACAAAACACCAUGUACAAAACGACAUUUUAUUAGUUAACACUCAUUAAAAUUUCCCUAUCUUUAAACACUGUAGAUUGUCACAUAUAUAGAAACAAAUCCCAUUCUCUGUACUGGGUGGCCUACAAUGUAAAAAUUCACAUUUUAAUUGUUACUUGCUUGGUUUUGAUGAACCAGUUGUUAAUUGUCGUGCAUAGGUGUAUAGAUCUGUUUUGAAAAUCAAGUAAAAUUUCACCACUUGUUACUUGUAAAAAAAAUGUUAAUGAUAUACUGUAUGAUAGACAUUUUGCAAUUUUAUACGACGUAUGGCAUAUAAUACAUUGAUUGUUAUGUCUGCAUGUAGUAAUAAGAGUUUAUAUAAGACUGUGAACAGUGGAGCAAAUAAAUAUAAUGUUCUCAGUAGACAUUUUCGUAAAACGUGCUUCGUGUAGUCUAAUGCUUGUUUGGGGAACUUUUAACCGAGUACAUGAUUUACUCGAUAACAUGUUUAUUUAAACAGGGCACAAUCAUACCUAGACAUAUCACGUCUUACAGUAACAAACAAAUUGCAUAAAGCGUUGUAGAAGUAUGAUAAAAUAAAGUAAGUGAGCCUUUGUGAAAGUGUCAAACUGAAAUCAUCACUGAUUUUUCUGUACAUUUACCGUAUCUGCAUGGUCUUGUAUUGAUGAAGUAAGACGUUAUUCAGUGUGAUAGAGUGGUUAAAUGCCAGAGCGCCCAUUAUAACUAAUUCUUGUGGAAAACGAUAUAGUUAUGUGAUUGUAUCAAGACGGUAGUAUCAGUAACAAUACAAUGUUUACAUGUUUAAUCCCUCUUAAAGUUUUAGGCUCUUGGAUGUAUUUUUUGAGUUCACUUGUGGAAAAUUGGAUGUGGUGCAAGUGCUAUAUGUAUUAGAGAAGGUUGACUGUAGAAAGAGAUUGUACCAUUCAAUAAAACA